GGAAGAUAGGCAAGUAUAAAUUGGAACUGAAGGAAGAAACAAAGGAACAGAUAUAAUAACAGAAAGAGAAAAUGGCGUGCAGGUUUAUGCUUCGUUCAGCUUUACUUGUGGAACCUUACCAAUUGGAACAUCUUCGUGGUUUCAAUUCCAAGAACAGAGGAACUUUGCGAUUCAGAACCGUUAGGGCUCAACGGUUUCACAGAGGAAGAACUCUUUGUUGCUCUCACAACGAAGCGUCGUCGUCUUCGUCUCAGGACGAUCAGGGUCCGCCUCAAGAAGCUGUUCUAAAAGCCAUUUCAGAGGUGUCGAAGACAGAAGGGAGGGUUGGUCAAACUACGAACAUGGUUAUUGGAGGCACUGUGACUGAUGAUUCUACGAAUGAGUGGCUCACUUUGGACCAGAAGGUGAACUCGUACCCAACUGUUCGAGGAUUUACUGCAAUAGGAACCGGAGGGGAGGACUUCGUGCAAUCAAUGGUUGUUGCCGUGGAAUCUGUAAUCCAACAGCCCAUUCCUGAGGGACGAGUGAAGCAGAAGUUAUCUGCUAGGGGCAAAUAUGUAUCCGUAAAUAUUGGGCCUAUCCAAGUUGUUUCUAGUGAACAGGUCCAAGCUGUAUAUAAUGCCAUGAGGAGAGAUGACAGAAUGAAAUAUUUUUUAUAAGCUGUCAUAUUCUGUAUAUAAUGCAAUGUUUUCAAGGGAUGUAUGGCGCCUGGCCUGCUUCCUACCACAUGGCUGAUUUUGUUAGUAGAUCCAUGGUAUCAUUGUAAUCAGAUGUAAAUCAUGAUGAAAAUUGGAUCUCUUGUGCAUUUUUCUGGAUCUGUAACUUAGUAUAUGAUGAUUUGUUAACCAUUAGUCAUAAGAUAAAAAUAUUAUGAGACAUUUGUUUCAUUUUC